UAGACCAGCUACAUACUGCACAGUGUUGGUCACAUGGGAAGGCAGAUGGGAGGAAAAAGAAAGGAAAACAAAUUAUUUUUAUUUGUAUUUAAUAAAAUUUGGCCUGCAGGCUUUAUGUGACUCAGUACUGAACAUCUGGGAUUGAUCAGAGGAUCACAGACUGGAAAACAGUCAUAUGGCUUCUAGAAAUAAACACAUUCAGUUCCUCUUCCACAAUUUAUUUUUUUAAUGACAAACUGCAACUGCCAUUUUAAGUCUUUUUAAUACUUGCAGCCGCAGUAUUUUUAACUUCUUAGUAAUUUUUAGUAUUACUUUUUCACAUCAUGGCAUCAGACAACUCUUAAAUUGCAUUUAAUCCUGGACUGGCAGUAGUGUUUGGGAUUGCCAUACACACACACACACACACACACACUUAAUUCACUACUAUUUUGCUUCAGAAUUUUAUGAAACAAUGGUAGUCUUGCAACUUCAAUUUUUAUUAGUUCCUUUGCUCACAAGCACCAUGGGAGCGGCACAAUAUAUGAUGCAAGAUGCAGUGCUGAUGAACUACAUUGACCGGCGUUUCCUGUCUUUAGAGAAGAGGCUGGAAAAAUGCAACCAAGACAUACUGGAUUACGUGGAAGAAUUUCGAGACUUUUCAAAGAUGGUACUGGCACGCCUGGCAAGACUGAACAGUUACAAGGCUGAGGUUAAAAGUGAAGUAGAGAAUUUGCUAACAAGAAUUGAACGAGCACAGGGGGACAUUGACUACUUUGGAUCUGUCGCAGUUUCUAAUACAUGUAUAGAAGUACAUGAAGACCUGGUGAAACAGCAGCUAUUUGAAGAAGCAGAAACAAAAAAGAAACUUAAGCUCAUGCUUAAUGCAAGUUGCGACCACAUGCUUUCAGGUAUUAAGUCCCUAAAGAUACUUAAGAAGACUGGAGAUAAGCAUGGCUCUUGGAUGAAAGAUCCUGGCAAAAAGCAUGCAAAGAUCUAUUUAUUCAAUGGUUCUGUAAAUAAUGUUAUUUUGGAAUUUUCAAAUAUCAUGACAUUCAUGGAAAGCAAUCAUAUGCUAAAAGCUCACAAAGUCACCUUGCCAUUUCCCUGGCAAGGAACUGGCCACAUCAUAUACCAGGGUUUCCUGUUCUAUCACAAAUACGGCUCCUUAAAUGAAAUAAUUAAAUUCAAUAUCCAGAAAAGAAACAUAACUGACCAAAUGCUAUUGCCAGGGGCUGGAAGAAUUCCUGCUUAUCAGCUUUCUCCACCUACAAAAAUAGAUCUUGCCAUUGAUGAGCAAGGGCUCUGGGCAAUACAUGCAGAACCAGAGACUGAAGGAAACAUUGUAAUCACUAAAAUCAACCACAUAACCAUGACAGUAGAGCACACCUGGGACACAUCAUGCAAUAGCAAGGAUGCUGAAGCAGCUUUCAUGAUAUGCAACACACUCUAUGUUGUCUACAACUUUCCAAGUGGAGGCACCUCUCGCAUACAAUGUGUUUAUGAUGUUUUGGAUGCUGUAAAUACUUAUGAAAUCCCAGUAUUGCAUUUUCCAAAGCGUCAGGGUAGCCAUUCCACUAUACAUUACAAUCGUAAAGAAAAACAACUCUUUGCUUGGGGUGAUGGAUCCCAGAUCAUUUAUAAGCUGCACACAAAGCAAAAAGUUUAGAAUCUUUAGCAACUUUACAAGUACACUUAAAAGCUGUCAGCCCCAUAUCAAGGUGAUCAUUAAAGCAUAUUAAAAUUACAGUAUUGCCAUUUGUUACAACUUUCAUCUAUUUUGCAUUCAUUUAGGCUUUCAUACCCAGUGAUCUUAAACUAAUGUCCAAUUAAUAAUAUGUAAAGACUCCAUUAAUAUAUAUUACAUGAUGAUCCAACACCACAUAGGUACACACACUGCCAAAUCAGUCUUAAAGACUAAAGCUAAUUAGGGAAAAAAAAAA